UGGCUCCUUGGCACAGCUGUCAGUGGGUGAGCGGAGGCAGAGAGAUGAGCAGAAACUUACUGUCCGCUUUGGUUAGGGAGGAAGUGAAGGAAAUCAUCUGCUGAAAUGACGCUUUUGGUAUCGGCCACUUUAAUGAUCCAAACCCUUUACUGGGAGCGUGGGUCACACAGAGCGGGCUAGAAUUUGUUUCUUGAAAGCAGCGGCCCUGGCCUCUCCGGGGCCCAUCAUCCUCCGGCAGGUGAGCCGGUGACUGUUUCCCAGCAGCCUCCGGGGCCAGCCGCCCCUCUGACCUGGUGACUUUCUGCCGACCGCCCGUCUGCCGUCGGAGAGGGCGGGACUGAUUCUCGAGCCACUUCUGUCGUCGUCAUCCCCCCCUUCCCCGACCUCCCCGUCCGUCUCACGGGCCGCUUGGGCCUUGGCUCUUCCCCUGUGGCGGUCAGCCGGAGGACAGAGGGGGUAGACCGAGAGGCAGCGCUGCCAUGGAGAAUAAGGUGGGAAUCGGCUCCGCGCCCAACUCGAAAGACGAGGUGUGCACGGGCAUGCUGGUCUACAGCUUCCUCCAGUGCUCCCGGAACUGCACCUUCCGCGAGGAGCUGCGUUCCAUGGGCAGCGACCUGCAGCUGCUGCCCGACGACUUCGACGACGGGGAGCUGCAGACGGACGGAAACCGCAGCGGCCGUUGCCAAGCGCACGGGGUGGAGCAGGAAUCGGGGCACGAGGAGGAAGCCAUCCGCCUCAUCGCCGAGCAGCUGGCCCAGAUCGGGGACGAGCUGGACGGAAACAUCCAGCAGGGCCUGGUCCGCGACGUGGCCCGGCAGUUUAUGAACGCCAACCUGUCCGAGGAGGACAGGAGGAAGUACCUGGCGGCCACCAUGGAGCGCGUGAUGCAGGCGGUGCCCCAGGAGCUGGAGCGGGAGAAAGCCACGCUGCUCUUCGCUCUGCUCUUAGCCAAGCAAGUUGUGAACCACAGCCCGACCCUGCUCCGUAGCGUCUUCCGCACCACGGUGGACUACAUCAACCGGAGCCUCCUCGCCUACACACGCAACCUGGCCAGAAACGAGGUGGCCUGAGGGGCUCCCGCCAGCAGGAGCAGGCGAGAAGAACAGCCGUCCACUCAGGAGCGCGCCCGGGCCUCUGCUGGUUUAGCGGGAGGAGCCACCGCAGACGGUGGUUAGUAAGCUUGGCCGUUUAUUCCCUUAGACUAGGUUCGCUUUUAAGACGGCAGGUCCACCUCAGCCGCACGCCGGGUCCGUAGGCCGAGGCGGGGGGACUGGUUCCCGCCCCCUCCUUCUCUGCGACCCUUCCCUACGGGAAACGGUCUUUAUUUAACCGUCGGAACCGGCUCGACGACGGGUGCUCGGAAAGUCUUCCCGCCGAUCUCUGACCUCAGCUGUGAAUUUUUUUUUUUUUUUUUAUCGUUUUAAAUAAAAGUUUUGAAAUCCCUUGGCAGCCUGUCA